GCAAAAAUAAUGGCAAAUACAGGGGCGCCAAACAAAUUUGCCCUUUUUUUUUUGUUUUGGUCCUGUACAGAUUUGACAGGUGCUGGUGGGUGCAGGUCCCGGAUGUUCUCUCGUUGGAGGCUUGAGCACGGAUGUGGCUGCUACGGGCUUCCCCGUAAUACUAUAACGACAAUAAAAAAAGGCCUGCAAGGCCGUCCUGUCCAGAUUUGACAGGUAAUUGAAUUGGUUGGUCUUUUUUCGCCAUAUCUGCCGUCCUUCCCCGACAAGUUGUCCUUGCUGCGUCCCCACGUGUAGCGCGGUCCUCAGUGCUGUGUAGUUAGUGCAGCGAGGCCCAUAGAAGAUUACCAUGGCCCCUAAGCAAGGAUGACACGCAUAAAUUGAGAAAUGCCCCCCUUCCUCGUUUGUUUUUGUGGUCAGAAAGGGAGGCUCGUUUGGGGCAGAUAGCAGCGGUCUCGGCGAACUGAAAGCGGUCGAAGAGUACCGGCCCGGGUUUCGCGAGGCAUCCCUGAGAAGGCAGGGCGGCAGGGCGCACCAGGACGAUCGCCGUCAUGGACCCUUCCAUGCUGGCUUCUCUGUCAGAUGAAGACAAGGCUGCCAUGGACAAGAUGCUUGAAACAGUGCAGAUGAGAGACAGUCUACGUCUGUAUAACACUUUGGUCGAACGAUGUUUCAACAAUUGCGUGGAUAGUUUUAGGAGGAAGACGUUGGACAAAACAGAGGAGACCUGCGUGAAGAGAUGCGUGGAGAAGUUCCUCAAGCACACAGGUCGAGUGAGCCUCCGCUUUCAGGAGAUUAAUGGCGGCCUAGCUACUCCUGAUUGAUUUUUUUGGGUCUCUGAAAGGAGGGAAAAAAAAACGGAUCUCGGAUGCGAAUUUGCGAAUUUGACCUUUGUUUCGAAUGGACGUUUGCGGGAAAUUUUGUUCAUUUUAGGGUUUUGUUUCAUCACCAGACGGUUUUGAUUUGAUUCGAUUCGAUUCGAUUUGAUUUGAUCCGAUAUGCGACGAACGACAUACAUACACGUGUAAUUUACGUAUUUCCUUUGUGUGUCUGCUUGUUUAGGGUUUAUUAUUAUUUUUAUUAUUUUUUUUGGCUGGCGAAAGCAGAAGCUCUAGUUCAAUCCGAGGUCGAACUGACCACUUUGCGGUUUUGCCCUUUUUGUCGUUUUCUAACACAUCAUCUGUGUCAGGUAUUUAAGCCGAUUGUACGUGGACCACCUCGUCGUUUUCCUCUGCCACGUGGCAUGCCGCUGUGGACCACCUCGUCGUUUUCCUCUGCCACGUGGCAUGCCGCUGUGGACCAUGAUUCGCCGUCCUCUUCGGUGAUGUUUUCUUUCUCUUUUUCUUUCCGUAUAGAGCGGGCGGCGGCCUUGAUGAGAUAUCAUCUAUCAUCAUCGACCCUACCUUCUUCCCCCGAAUACAACGUACGGUCAUUACAGCUGUAUUUGAGGCAUCUUUCAGUCUAGGUACAGCUAUAAUGACCGUACGUUGUAUUGGGGGGGUGGAAGAAGGUAGGUCGUUCAGAAUUGUAGCUUUUCACUCAUCUGCUUCCUCUGCUGGGGGUCGAACACGGGGCUGUAUUUCAGCAGUUGAGGGGUGUACCAACUGAGCGGCCAGGGGGUCUCUUUGGUGAUAAUGCAGACCCCCUUGGCGGUCGGGAUUCGUUCAUCUAGAAAAAAAAAAAAAAAAAAACCCCAGACCCCCUUGGCAGUCAGGAUUCGUUGAUCUAAAAAAAAAAAAAAAAAAGAAAAGGAAAGAAGGGGAUUGGGGAGGGGACGGCAGGCGCGCCAAGCGCCCUCGUUAAGGUUCUUGUCGACAACAUCCAGGGAUUAAUAACGAAAACGACCCCUUCGGCAGUUGGUCGCAUUCGUCUGCAGGCCACAUGAUUUUGAAUCAGUAAGUGGUUAAGAGGAGGAAAUGGCUGUCAAAUGCGCGCCGAUUUUGAGCCCCUUAAUAGGGGGUAUCGGAGGAGAAUGAGAGAAGAAGGGUUGCUGAAAAAGUGGCGCCGAAGUGGCGGGAGUAGGGCGUCUGAAGACUCUGUGAACUGAUCAUGUUGAAACCCUAAACCGAAAAGGAGAAAGCUCGAUAUACCUUUAUCGGCCUUUUGGCUAAGAAUCCUAAGAUCAAGUGUACUAUCUGUUCUGAUCAGUUUAUCCUAUUUUUAAAAAGGAGAAGACAAAUGACGAUGGAUUAAUUCGAUGAUUCGAUGUAGAUUCAUUAUUGGCAAGGAAAAUAUAGGGCGAGAAUCGAGGUCUGUGGAAGCGGGGUUCUAUCGAGGUGCGGAUUAGCGGAUUAGGUGUUCGUGAAGGGAGGAGGAGGAGGAAUACCGAGGAGACUCAGAAUUUAGCGUCGUUAUGAAGCUGCGUAUCUCUCAGAGAGAGAGAGAGAGAGAGAGAGAGAGGAUUGUUGUUGAUGGCAAUUUGGGAUGGGAAUGAUGAUCUACGGUGCGUUAGUUAGAGAAGGUUGAGUACAUGGUUUGGUCGAUUCCUUCGUGUAUAGAUCGAUUUGCAAGUAGGAAGAAGCAUAAUGGACGCUCGUGGCUCCAAGUGAUUUUUUUUUUUUUUUUUUUUUUUUUUUUGCCGAGUGAAAAUUUGACCUUACCCCGUCCAUUUCACGUGGAAUGCACUGAAUGUUGAAAUGUUAGAGAUUGACUGACUGUGGUUUAAAAUCUUUGGUUCGCUGUAAAAUGUCUUGAUGGGUUUAAUUAAUGGUGUGAAUCAAGCUGUAAUGGCGAU